CAUCACUACCCAUUCAUACUACGAAGACGCCCUCCGACAACCACCCACCACUAGCGCUCCUCUACCUACUCCCUUACGCUCCCUAAUCUCUACCGAGCGUACAGCAGACUACGAUUCGAAUUCUCCGCCAGCCACACCACAGACCUCACCAUGAACCUCGACCGAGACGGCGAUUCCCAGAUGGCCUCUUCGCCAGAGUCCUCCCCCUUGGCCUCCGACGACUCCAACCCGGGCACCCGCACCCCGACCAACAAGCUCCCAACCCACAUUCCUCAUUUCGACGGCUCCGAACUGUCCCCGCCCGGCUCGCAGACCCAGAGCAGCGCCUUCGAGGGCCCCGGAAAGUCUCACGGUCCCGGGGGGCCGAUCGCCUCGCCGUUGGCAGCUCAGGGUCUUCUCUCCCAGGGCGACCCGCAGUCCGCCCCGGUGGCGUCGUGGAUGAACAAGCGGGCGGAGGAGGAAUACCAACGAGCAAUGGAAUUUGUCAUCGAUCAAGACUUCAGCUUGGCGGAGUUCGGCGAUCCGUUCGAUGAGAGAGAUAUGGAGCAAGGGCUCUAGACGGGGGAGGCGGUCUAUUUGCGAAAAAUGUCUUGCAUCAAAGCCAAUGAACAGCGUGGAGACUGGAGUUUUGGGUGUUGGGUGAUCUUCUUGUUCUGAGCGGGGCGGAAUUUUUGAUGGAACCGCGAUGAUUACACGUUUACGAGCUUGAUUUGCAUUUAGCCAAUCAUAGAAUAGCAUUCGGUAUUCUUCACCUCGAUAUUGUGGCUCGAGAUUUGGACAGGGGUGCACUAAGAAUAGAG